GGUCGGUAUGUGAAAGUCAAAGCUUCAACUGCCGACCUUCGUAUCUUCCGGCCAUGAGACUAAAUCUAUGAGUCUCUUUCAUGUUGUAGGAAUGACGUGACUUGGUUCAUCAUACGUUUUGUUUUGCUACGAGACAAAUUGUCUUGUCGACGCUUAGUUGCUUCGAUAUAUAUCUCCCACAACCACACUCUUUGCAUUCUGUGCUGCUGGACGGCUACCCCUACCCAGGAUGUUUUCAUCGUGCUUUGGGCUGAGAAGAGGAGAUGGCGAUCCCGAACAACAGCCACUCCUCCCCCAGUAUGAGCAAGAUACCCACUUGCAGCGCGAGCUCGCCCAGAAGCUUCACAGCUACCAAAUGUAUCGUGCAUUAUCCAAGGGAUACAUGCCUAGCACGACUCAGACGAUCGUGAAUCUUCGGACACUCUUAGCGAGCGACUUACUGAACCCAGACAAUCCCGAAUUGUCCAGCUCUGGCCGGAGACUCGUGCGUUUAACUAAGCAGUGGCUCCACCAGUUCAUUGAACUCUUGAGCAACAAAAACAGCGAGGACCAGCUUCAGGAUCUGGUUUGGUUCCUCACCAAGAGUAGGGUAUCCGUUGACGUUGAAGACCUUACUGCGCGAGCGAAGAAGGUUAAGGCCAAGGCCGAUACUGCCGCUGCCUACCAGAGCCUGCGCACCGUUGGGUCUUUACUUCUCACUAACCCUGAAUUUCGUACGUUUCUCGGAGAUCUUACUGUGGUUGGUAGACAGGUGUUUUCAGACUCAGCAUUUGCCUUGCGUGACGCCGCUGAGCAAGCUGUGAAGCAGCUUGAACCGUCCCCUGGAGAGCAGAACGACGUAAUACAGUUAGAGACCAACGGCGGGCCACCCUCUGCCGACAAACUGGAAAAUGAGGUUGAAGAUGUCGCUAAAGUCGUAAAAGACAGUGGCGCCGAUGUUGCGAGUGCAGCUAUUGAAAGCGCCAAAGACAAGGCCUCUGGAGAUGAGGGACAGGCGCUCUUAAAACGUCUUCAGACAGCAAUUCUGAAUCUGAGGAAGCGGAAAGACUAUUCCGACUCGGUAUCGACACUAGCUCUCUUAAUCAAGAGAUAUGCCUUGGUGUAUUCGCGUGCUGUGGAAGAGGUUGUGGAAACGGCCCAGGAAGACAUCAGUGAGAACCGAGAGGCCGAUCGCGCCUUGACCAACCUCUGGGAGUUCAUCCGGAGCUUUGGUAACAAAGAGGAUUGGGAUAAGUGCAAAGAACUUCUCCAAAAGGUUGUGAGCCACAAAGAUCAAGACCCAGAGUUUGAGGAGCUUAUGCAGCAGGUUGGAGAUAGCGUGCAGAAGCUCCUGACAGACCCCGAGUUCUUCAGCAAUGCUGACGAGAAGAUCAAAAAUCUCCGAGAGAAAAGCAGACAAGUCGGAUCAGAGAGCAGCCUGAGACGGGAUGUCGAUGAACUUCUACAACAACUUUAUGUCACCUUGCAGAGCGUCCUCAGGGAUACCGAUGUCAAUAACCUCGUGACAACUACCAUCCGCAUCAUCCACACUCUAUCCCCAUCUGAUUCUCUCAUCAACUCAGAGCUUAUCCAAGACUCCCUCCAUGUCUUCAUUCCCCUGGUCAUCGCCGCCAUCCAAUAUGUCCCGAUUCCCCGGCUAGAGGUCAGCACCCCCGCCAUCGACCUCCUCCUAGAAAACCUCAUCAUCGAGCCCGGUCGCACCGUAAACCACACCUCUUUCCUACCUUACCGUCUGAAAAUCGAGACAUACAACCACCUCGAGAUCCGCAAGUGGCGCUUCCGCACAGGUGCCAGCACAAAGCACAUGAUGCUCAUCAAGAUCGACGGGCUCUCGGCUCGCGCCGACGAAGUCGGUUUCUGGCUGCGCGCGCACAGCGGGCCACUCUUCCGGCUCGCAGACGAAGGCAUCGCCUCCUUCGCCCUGGACGAGCGCGGCAUCGACAUCCACCUCGAAGUAGAGGUGUGCCGCGAGCGUCUCGAGCAGAUCCUCACGCUGCGCGGCGUGCGCGUGCGCGUGCACAAGCUGAACUACAAGCUGCGCAAGUCCAAACUAUCAUGGCUCGGCUGGCUGAUCAAGCCGCUCCUGCGACCCUUGCUGAAAACCACCAUGGAAGUCCAGCUCGCUAGCGCUAUCGCCGACCUGCUGCACGCUGCGAACCGCGAGUUGCUGUAUGCGCGCGAACGCCUGCGCGCCACGCGCAUCGCGAGCCCUGAUGAUCUGUGGACCUUCCUCCGCGCCGUGGCCGCGCGCUUGACGCCGGAAGACGACCCCGAUUUGAACGUGCGCAUCGGCGUGGAUCAGCCUGGUAGAGGCGUCUUCAAGGGCGUGUAUGCGCCCGGUAGCGUCGUCAAGAUCUGGCAUGACGAGGCCGAGAUGGCGGGUGAUAGGGUCGAGCAGUUCGAUGCUGGAGGCUGGAGGAACGAUGUGUUCGAUACGCAUGUGCGGAACCUGACGUAGCGCUGUGCUGUACUUUACUCCAUUCCGUUCCAUUCUACACUAUUGUAUUUCAUCGUUGGCAGGCGUGUCUGUCUUUCCAUGGAUCGAGAUUGUUCAAAGGCUGUGUAUUGUUACCGGGACUCACUUACCCAAGUUGUACACAUUGGCGAGUUAUGAGCGGCCGAGCACAAGGCGUUAUGAUUCAAGUAUCAUAGGUAUUAAUUUGGGAUCGAGGCGCGGGCGCGUCUACUACGGGCUGUAAUAACUGAGCAAAAUAGCUGAUAGCAUUAUGAAUUAAUGACAUCGUAGGGUUUGAAAUUAAAUAC